AUGAACGCAAACUGGCAUCCACACUGUUUUACUUGUGAAAUGUGCAAUAAACAAUUGGCUGAUGUUGGGUUUCUACGUAAUGCUGGAAGAGCAUUAUGCCGUGAAUGCAAUGAAAUUGAAAAAGCUGCUGGACAAGGAAAAUAUGUUUGUCACAAAUGUCGUUCAAUAAUAGAAGAUGGACGUCAUAUAAAAUUUAGAGGAGAUUCUUUCCAUCCUUAUCAUUUUAAUUGUAAAAGAUGUGAUGUUGAAUUAACUGAUGAUGCUAGAGAAAUUGGGGGUGCUUUGUAUUGUUUAAGAUGUCAUGAUUUGAUGGGAAUUCCAAUUUGUGGUGCAUGUCAUCGUCCAGUUGAAGAACGUGUAGUUACUGCUUUAGGAAAACAAUGGCAUGUUGAGCACUUUGUCUGUGCUGUAUGUGAAAAACCUUUUCUUGGUCAUAAACAUUAUGAACGUAAAGGACUUGCUUAUUGUGAACAACACUUUCAUUUGCUUUAUGGCCAUAUAUGCUUCAAAUGUGGAAAUCCUUGUGGUGGAGAAGUAUUUCAAGCUUUGGGUAAAACUUGGUGUGUAAAAUGUUUUUCAUGUUCACUUUGUGACAAAAAAAUGGAUCAAAAAACAAAAUUCUUUGAAUUUGAUAUGAAACCAGUAUGCAAAAAAUGUUAUGAAAAAUUCCCGAAUGAAUUAAAAAAGCGUAUAAGCGAUAAUUUGAAAGAAAGGGAAGCAGAUACAUUACGUAGGAGAUCGGGUAAAAGUUGA